AUGCCUCCAAAACGCAUGACUGCGAACCCCGUCAGGCCGGGACGACAUUUCGCUGGCAAAGCAGCAGGGGGCUCAUCAUCCUCCGACUCGGACGACAGCGGCGCUGAACAAGAAGCCAAGCCCGAACCUCCAAAGAAGCGCAGCAUCGCGCCGCCACCGAAAGUGCCCAGCGCGGGGCGCAUCAUCAGCACAUAUAACAGCAGCAACAAGGCAAGCGAGGAGGCCAAGAAACUAGCAGCAGCGAAACAGCGCGCCGAGAUCGAGCGAAAGGCCAAAGAGGAGGGCUUUGUCACAGAGGACGAGGACGGAGGCAGCGAGGAUGGUGAGGAAGAGAAAAGCGGCAGCGAGGAUGGGUCCUCGUCAGAGGAAGAGAGCAGCUCAGAGGAGGAGUCCCCAAGGCGAUUAAUGGUGCGGCCCAAAUUCAUAUCAAAAGCGAACCGCACGAAACAAGAAGAGGACCCCGCAAAGAAGGAAGAAGAGGAGGAAGCCAAGCGGCGCGCCGAGGCGGACGCGCUGGUCGAGGAACAAAUCCAAAAGGACAUAGCCGCGAAAGCGGCGGGCAAGAAGCACUGGGAUGACGACGAGCGGUCGGGCGAGGAGGAGGUAGACGACACGGACGACCUGGACCCGGCGGCCGAGUACGCGGCGUGGAAGCUGCGGGAGCUGAAGCGGCUGAAGCGGGCGCGCGAGGCGAUCGAGGCCAAGGAGGCCGAGAUCGCGGAGAAGGAGCGGCGGCAGAACCUGACCGAGGCGGAGCGGGCGGCCGAGGACGAGGCGCUGGUGUCGCGGCAGCGCGAGGAGAAGGAGUCGCGCGGCAAGAUGGGCUACAUGCAGCGGUACUUCCACAAGGGCGCCUUCUACCAGGACGAGGCGGCCGCGCAGGGGCUCGACAAGCGCGACAUCAUGGGCGCGCGCUUCGCCGACGACGUGCGCAACCGCGAGCUGCUGCCGCAGGCGCUGCAGAUGCGCGACAUGACCAAGCUGGGCAAGAAGGGCGCCACCAAGUACAAGGACCUGAAGAGCGAGGACACGGGCGCGUGGGGCCGGUUCGACGACCCCAGGCGGCAGAGGAGCGAGUGGGACCAGUACCGGGACGGGGAGAGGGAAGGGGAUCGGGGCGGUGACUAUGGUGGGAAGGGGGCAAAUGCCAUGCCCUUGGGCCGGAGGCGGUCCAGGUCGAGGUCGCCGAGGCGAGACCGUGAUGACCACAGAGACAGGAAGAGAGAAUACUCCAGAGAGAGGGACCGCCGUGAUGAUGACAAGCGGAGGAGAGUAGACUCUAGGUAG